CCUGAAGCCGCAGCACCGCUCCCUCUCUCCCUCCUCCACCGACCUGCCGUGCGUUUUUUUUGUGCAAAACUAAAACAGCUGGAUAAAAGUUAUUUUCAUGGAAAGAACGGCUCCACGUGCAGGACGAUGGGGUAUGGGCAAAUUCUCCACCGGUGUGGGAACGAGGAGGACCAGGUCCACCUCAACGUGGGAGGAGUACGACAUGAAGUGGAUCCCAGCAUGCUGCAACGCUUCCCUCACACACGCCUAGCACGUCUCCUCUGCUGUCAGAGCGAGGCGGCAAUCCUGGAGCUGUGCGACGACUACAUCCAGGACGAGAAGGAGUACUACUUCGACAGGAAUCCCCGGGUCUUCCUGUGCGUGCUCAACUUCUACCAAACGGGACGUAUCCACAUGAUGGAAGAGGUGUGCGUUUUCUCCUUCAGCCAGGAGAUCGAGUACUGGGGCAUCCAGGAGCUCUACCUGAGCCCCUGCUGUAACAACUGGUACCACGAGAGGAAGGAGUACAUCGAGGACAGGGACUGGGACAUCAGGAGCGACGACAUGCAGCAGCCAAGCUGCCACUCGUCCUUCGAGGAGCUCUCUGCUCUCGAUAAAGACCUGGAGAAGUUCAAAGGUGUCUGGUGUGCAGAGCUGAGGAGCUACAUUUGGCUGAGGCUGGAGGAUCCCGGUCACUCCACGGCCUCUAAAGUCAUCGCCGUGGCCUCCCUCAGCGUGGUCUUGACCUCUAUUGUUGCCAUGUGUGUCCACAGCAUGCCUGAGUUCCAGCGUGUGGACGACAAUGACAGGCCCAUCGAGGACCCCGUCCUCUCCAUCCUGGAGGUCAUCUGCAUCAUCUGCUUUUCCACAGAGUUCAUCCUCAGGCUGAUUGUUGCACCCUCUCGCAGGAAGUUCCUCUCAAACCCCUUGAACAUCAUAGACGUCGCUUCCAUUUUGCCAUUUUACGCCACUUUAGCUCUGGAGACAGCGGACGAGGAGGCCGCGGAGGAGAACGCGGACCUAGAGAACGUUGGGAAAGUGGUGCAGGUUCUGCGUCUCAUGAGGGUUCUCCGAAUCCUCAAACUGGCUCGUCACUCCAUCGGGUUGCGAGCGUUGGGUGCCACGGUCCGACACAGCUACAACGAGGUGGGUCUUCUUCUUCUCUUCCUCUCGGUGGGCAUCUCCAUCUUCUCUGCCCUGAUCUACUUUGCGGAGAAGGAAGAAGAGUCCACAGAUUUGGGGACCAUCCCUUCAGGCUGGUGGUGGGCGACGAUCACCAUGACCACAGUCGGUUAUGGUGACACCUGCCCAGUGACGUUUCUAGGGAAGAUAGUGGCGACCUUGUGUAUCAUCUGUGGCUUGUUAGUGGUGGCUCUGCCCAUCACUAUCAUCUUCAAUAAGUUUUCAAAGUACUAUCAAAGAAAUAAAGCCAUGGAGGCACAAGGUAUCACUAAGCCUGUCAGACAAGACCCAGAACUCCCUCAUUAUAACAUCAGAGACCUGUUCACAGACGGCGUGUAUCCCUUCAUUGGAAGUAUCACCUUCAGGAACAGUGUGAGCAGCGCAGGGGACGAUACAGAUGCCUCCAGUCUCCAGGACAUCGAGGUUUAUGAAAAUGACCCUUUAUGACUUCUAGUCACUCCGUGCCUCUCAGGGCAGAGCCCUCCAUCACUGACCCCGUCUUCCUACACUGUCUUCCUCCUGCAAUUUGACAGAGAUUUGUGAUGGCCAUUAUUAGCGUUUCCUUUUUUUUUUCUUACAAGGGGAUAGCUCGUGAAAUAUACAGCCUUGCUAAUACUCUAAGGGGAUUCAUCUGAAUCUUGCUCUGAGGUUUGAAAGCCCAUUUUCUGCUUGAGAAAACUGCAAUGAUGCAUGUAGAAGGCCAUAAUGUUAAUGUUUUUCAAAGUAAUGUCCUGUAUCGAUCUGUCUGCUCGCUGAAAGUUCAGACCGAAUAUAAAAGUCUAGGAUGACAACAACAGUUUGAUAUUUAGAAAUGGUGUUAUAGAUCUCUGAGUUGGCCGAUGAUGCACAGCCUGCAUGAACAAAAGUAAAUGAAUUUUUUUUAUUUUAAUCAGAGAGUAAUGUAAAUACUUUUGUAGAGUUAUGCAACAUCAUUGAUGCUGGUGAAGAGAGGCCGCACAUUUCUGUCAGAGCUCAGUGGGAAGGUUUGAUGCCAGGUUAUUGUUAUGGACAGUUGUGUUGGCAUGAAAUAAAACUCAGUGAAUCAGAAGCAAGAUGCCUCUCAUUUGUUUAAGGGCAAAACAGAAUGUGGUAUGUUGCAUUCAUCUAUAACCGUAUGUAUAAAAAGUGCAGGAUUCCACAUUGACUGAAAUGAUGGAAAUCAUCGAGAAUGUCUUUUCCUUUGUGGUCGAAUGCAGACGUAGAAGAAACUUUCUUGUCUUGUUCGGUCUUGUUUCUCCCUGAAAGCAUUGAUUUCCUGCCUCAUGUUAUCAUCUGUGGUUGGACGAGCUGCCGUCCCACUAGAGCCAGAGAUGUAAGAAAAAAACAAUCACUCCUCUGCAGGGGUCUCAAAGGUGCUCGCGCAGUUGACCGGAAGCAGCCUCACGCAAAGUUAACAUCACCUGCAUUUGUAAACAAUGUUACUUGAACCAUUUGUGGAUUUAAAGCUCAGAUGGUUUAUUAUCUAUUGGCUGAAAUACAAUGUAUUAAAUUGAUGUAAGUGAGGAGUUGAGGUUCCCGUACAGAUCAUAGAUCGUAAGUAAAGAUGGACGAUUGCCCACUCUCCAGAAAUGAAGCCAAAAUAUCCUGGAUACAAACCAUCUGGUGCCAAAGACAUACAGUACAGUCCAUAUAGUACAGAUACACAAUCCUUACUUCACAGCAGGUUGUGUAAAGACUAACUGCUGAUUAACCUGAAUCACUAUUGGUUCAUAAUAUUAAAUGAGUUUUGAUCAGUCAGCUUUAGAUGAGCAUCGUGUAGAAGGUGAUUAGCAAAUUGCUUUAUCCACACUUUCAGUUUUUCACUCUUGGCACGUACCAUUUAAUGAAAUGACACAGAAGAGCAUUGAAUUUAUAUGAGGGGUCACCAGAUGGACAAAUGAGCAACAAAUCAUGUUGUGUUACUCCUAAUUAUGUAAAUGUGGGACGCACCUCAUUGACCCAUCAUAAUUUCAAAUGCUUACAAGGCAAAAAGGUUGUG